AUCAAACUACUUUAACCGGAUUUUAAAAAUCCGUGAUGUGGAGGAAGUUCCGGGCUGGCCGUGAACGCAGCGUCGUUGUGAGUCAUGUGGUGGAUUCUGAUUGGCUGCUGAGCAGGAAGUGUCUCUGGGAGCGAUGCGGACCGAAAGCGCUCGGUUCCGGUCAUUCCGGUUUCCUGGGUUCCCGCUUCAGCUGCGGAUGGAAUCCAGAACCAGAACCGCGGCGGGGGUCCGGUUCUGGGUUCUGCUGAGCUUUGCUUCCCGCCUCGCUGGGCUGAAGGAUGACGGAGGGGGAUGGUUCAGAGAGACCGACUUCAGGCUGGAGGACGAAGGCCGCUGUAACCUGGACGUCCUGGACGCCUCGGAGCUCUCUCACCAGCAGUUCCUGGACAGGUACGCCUUCAGCCGGCCGCUCGUCCUCAGAGGACUCACGGAGAACUCGAAGUUCCGGCUGCUGUGCUCCCGGUCCAGCCUGCUCACGGAGUUCGGCUCCCGCAGAGUCAAGCUGAGUACGGCCAACACCCACUCCUACAGGAAAGUGGAGGUUCCCUUCCAGGAGUUCGUGGACGUUCACCUGAAGCCUCAGCCUGCAGACGCGCUCGGCAGCGACACUCUCUACUUCUUCGGAGACAACAACUUCACGGAGUGGCAGAGUCUGUUCCAGCAGUACGAGCCGCCGCCGUACGUCCUGCCUCACAGCAGCGGCGCGUACAGCUUCGGGAUCGCAGGUGCAGGGACCGGCGUGCCCUUCCACUGGCAUGGUCCGGGUUUCUCCGAGGUCAUCUACGGAAGAAAGCGCUGGUUCCUCUACCCGCCUGAACGCCAGCCGCACUUCCACCCCAACCGCACCACCCUGUCCUGGCUGACGGAGACGUACCCCCACCUGCCGGAGGACGAGGCUCCGCUGGAGUGCACCAUCAGGCCUGGAGAGGUGCUGUUCUUCCCGGACCGGUGGUGGCACGCCACCCUCAACCUGGACACCAGCGUCUUCAUCUCCACCUUCCUGGGCUGAGCUCCGCCCCCUCGGCGAGCGCUUUUCCUGCUGUGACCUUUGACCUAGCAGAAUCCUGACGGUGUUUGACCUCAUGAACAUCAGACGAAUGAAAAAUAAAACUGAACAGGAACGCCUGAGUCCA